ACAAACAUAAAACAUCACAACACAAACACAACACAAGAAAACAUAAUUGACUUCACUUUUCCCUUCCUAACGUGGGAAAACCUAAUACUCCAUUCAUUCUUACAACACUUCAAUUCAAUUCAAUUCAUUCAUUACCAAAUCCAAAACCCUAACUUUGAUUCAACUUCUUAAAGAUUCUUUCUUUAUAAAUAAAUCAAAAAUACAAGAUGAGUGUGAUUCCAAAAGAAACAAUUGAAGUUAUUGCACAAACCAUUGGCAUCACUAAUUUAUCUUCCGAUGUUGCCCUUGCUCUUGCACCCGAUCUUGAAUAUCGCAUUCGUGAAAUAAUGCAGGAAUCGAUUAAAUGUAUGCGUCAUGGAAUGAGAACUUUUCUUACUGCUGAUGAUGUUGAUGCUGCACUUGCAUUGAGAAAUUUAGAGCCGAUAUAUGGUUUUGCCUCUAAUGAUCCUCCGCGGUUCAAAAGAGCUCCUGGGCACAAGGAUUUGUUCUACAUUGAUGACAAGGAUGUGGAUAUUAAAGAUCUGGUUGAAGCUCCUUUACCAAAAGCACCCCUUGAUACAUCAAUUACCAGUCAUUGGUUGGCUAUUGAAGGUGUGCAGCCUGCAAUUCCUGAAAAUGCUCCAUUUGAAGCCUCCUCUGAGAUAAGACAAAUUGACUAUAAGGAUGAUGCGCUUCCUGUUGAUGUCAAAUUACCAGUUAAACAUAUAAUAACGACGGAGCUUCAGCUUUACUACGAAAAAAUAAUUGAGCUGAUUUUGAAUAAGCCUGGCUCCAUUCCUUUUAGAAGAGCAUUGGUUACCUUGGCAACUGACUCAGGACUCCAUCCUUUAGUUCCUUAUUUUACACGCUUUGUUGCUGAUGAGGUGGCAAGGAAUUUAAAUAAUUUAAAUAUUUUAUCUGCCUUGAUGCGCCUUGUGCGGAGCCUUUUGCGAAAUCCUCACAUACAUAUAGAACUUUAUUUACACCAAUUGAUGCCGCCUAUCAUUACUUGCAUUAUUGCAAAAAGGAUUGGAAACAGACUGUCUGAUAAUCACUGGGAGCUUAGGGACUUUAGUGCUAAUCUUGUGGCUUUGAUAUGCAAAAGAUUUGGGCAUAUGUAUCACAAUCUUCAGCCGCGUGUGACAAAGACAUUUCUUCAUUCUUUCUUGGAUCCUACAAAAGCUCUACCUCAACACUAUGGUGCAAUUAAAGGAAUAACAGCUCUUGGAUCAAGACUGGUUCGCUUGCUUAUACUUCCAAAUCUCGAGCCAUAUAUGCAUCUUCUUGAGCCAGAAAUGCAACUUGAGAAGCAAAAAAAUGAAAUAAAAAGGCAAGAAGCAUGGCAAGUCUACGGAGCCUUGCUGUGUGCAGUAGGCCAAAAUAUGCAUGAAAAGGUCAAAAGAUUCAGCAGUUUGCUUCCCCCUCCAACUCGUGCUACUUCAAUUGGCAAUGGAAAAGCCAUGGUUGCAAUGCCAGGUGUUACUGGGACUAUGGUACCAAUGAAUUCCAUGUCAGUUGACAACAUGCAAGGGUCAACAAGUGGAUAUUCCCCCAUGAUGGGAGUUUCUAAUUCAAACGCCGGCAUGUCAUCAACAAUGGGUCGUCAACUAUCCAAAGAAUACAACACUUCCUCUUCCAUUCUAGCUCAGGCUUGGAAGGAUGACAUAGAUGCAGGACAAUUGCUGCCACCAGUGUUUGAAUUAUUUGGCGAGAGUCUGUUAUCAUUUAUACCAAAACCUGAAUCAUAUGUAUUUUUGUAAAACAUAGGUGUACUAUUUGUAUUUGUUUUACAUGUGAAAGUGCAUGUAACUCAGCCACUGGUUCUGUGACUCGUGGCUGCAUAAAAUAGAAGAUACUAUAGAAAUUAAUCUGUCAUUUAUUCUCUUCUAACAUUCAUUAGUUGAAAUUUGUCUUAAGAGAUGAUUUAUUUAGUAUAGAUUCUAGUGUCUUUUGAUUCUUGUAA